UAUUCACAUAUGUAACCAAAAGGAAUUAUAAAAAAAAAAAUAUUAUCAAAUAUUCAAUUACUUAAUCAAAUAUGUUAUAGCCCAUACACGUAAAUGAGAUUUUAUUUAACAAAAAUGUAACAAUUUUAUGGAUUAAAUCCUUAAAUACCCCCACACCUAAAAGGCCCCAACCCAAACACACUACGUACCAGCAAAACUCAUCUCUCAUUCUUUGGAAUUCAAUAAUCGAAACUUAUUAAGUGUUCAGGUGCUCAAUCAAAACAGACCUUAAUUCAAACAAAAUAAAAUUUAUUGACAAAUUUAAGAGUUUAUUAAUGUUUUCCGCAUUUUGAAUUAACCCCUUAAACCUCCCCUCCUCCCCAACCCAAAACCCAAACACAAUAAUAACAUAUCCAAUAAAAUCUCACAAGUAAGAUUUGAGUAAGAUACUUUUUGCUUCAAUUGUCUCCAUGUUCACAACUAAACUGCGAAAAGUGUUUCCACACUCAUAUCGGAUGUUCCAAAAACACUUUACUUUUAACGUACUCGACACACACCUAAUGAUAUUUUCGAAGAAUCUGAACAACAACAUAGUACUCCACUACUCAACUGAAACAACUGAUAAAAUCAACACAUUCCUCUCCAUCAAUCCUUCUUCUACAAACCUCAAAUCCCUUCUUCAAUCCCAUGCCUUGAUAAUCACAACAGGCCACACUAACAACAUUUACAUAGCAGCAAAACUCAUCUCUCUUUACGCUUCCACUACUGAACAACAUCUCAUUUCUUCGAAAAAAGUAUUCGAUUUCACCAUUUUUAAAGACCCUUUUCUUUGGAAUUCAAUAAUCAAAGCUUAUUUUUCCAAUGGGAAAUACACAGAAUCGCUUGAGCUGUUUAACAAUAUGUGGGGUUUUAAUGUUUUGCCUAAUCAGUUUACGUUGCCAAUGGUUUUUUCGGCUAUUGCGGAACUUGGGUUGGUUGAUUUUGGGAUGGAGGUUCAUGGGUUGGUGUCAAAAUUGAAUCUUGUUGAGGAAAAUAGUGCUGUUGGAUCGUCUUUGGUGUACAUGUACGCAAAAUUUGGGUUGAUGGGUAAUGCGUAUAAGGUGUUUGAUGAAAUGCCUGUGAGAGAUGUGGUUUCUUGGACUGUGAUUAUUAAAGGGUAUGUAGAGAAUGGGGAGAGUGAUAAAGGGUUGGAGUGUUUUUGUUUGAUGUAUAAGAAUGAGGAGGGUGGGGUGAGGCCGAAUUUUCGGACGUUGGAAGGUGGAUUUCAAGCUUGUGGGAAUUUAGGUGCAUUGGUUGAAGGUAAGUGUUUACAUGGGUUGGCAAUGAAAUCUGGUUUUGGUAGUUAUGAAAUUGUUCAGUCUUCUGUUUUGCUGAUGUACUCGAAAUGUGGUUCGGUUGAAGAAAUGUAUAGAUCGUUUUGUGAGGUUGAUGAGAAGGAUUUGCUUUCGUGGACGACAGUAAUUGUUGUUUAUGCAAGAGAUGAGUGUAUAGGUGAGUGUGUUGAUAUGUUCUUGAAAAUGCUGGGUAGCGGGAUUUCACCGGAUGGGAUGGUAAUUAGUUGCGUGCUUUCUGGUUUAGGUAAUGCCAUGAUGGUAUCUGAAGCUAAGGCUUUCCAUGGCUUCAUCGUGAGAAGAAACUAUGAUGAUGAUCACAUGGUCGAUAAUGCAUUGCUGGCCGUGUAUGGUAAGCUUAGACUCUUGAAUCUGGCGGAGAAGGUGUUUAAUGGAGGGAGUGGACAGAACACAGAGGCUUGGAACGUGAUGGUGAAUGGCUAUUGGAAGACCGGAUUAGAAGCCAAGUGCGUUAAUUUAUUCAGAGAGAUGCAGUACUCGGGGAUCGAAUCUGAUAUCAACAGCUUGAUAUCUGUAAUUUCUUCUUGCUCCCGGUUGGAAAAAUUCCAGUUAGGUCAAUCUUUGCAUUGUCAUGUUAUAAAAAAUCUGAUGCUUGGAAAUGUUUCUGUUGCCAAUUCUCUAAUAGAUAUGUAUGGAAGAAGCAAGAAUCUAACUUUAUCAUGGAGAGUCUUUUGUAUGAUGAACGAUAAGGAUGUUGUUACAUGGAACACAAUGAUGAGUUCUUAUAUCGGUUGUGGAAAAAUUACCAAGGCCUUUGAUCUUUUCGAUGAAAUGAGAGCAGAAAGUUACAAGCCUAAUAUUGCUACACUGGCGAUUCUGCUCUCUGCUUCUUCUCAAGUAUCUUCCUUGGAGAAAGGAGAGAAAGUUCAUCAAUACAUCAAGGAAGUUGGGUUUGGAGAGAAUACUUUGCUUGCUACUGCUUUGACUGAUAUGUACGCGAAAUGUGGACAGCUAACAAAGUCAAGGGAAAUAUUUGAUUCAAUGGAAAAGAAAGAUAUAGUUUCUUGGAACGUACUGAUCUCAGGCUAUGCGAUGUAUGGAGAAGCAAAUUAUGCUAUAGAAAUGUUCAAAAAGAUGGAACAGACGGAAAUUAACCCAAAUGAACUGACUUUUCUCGCUGUACUCUCGGCUUGUGCUCAUGCAGGGUUGGUUGAAGAAGGGAAGUCGAUAUUUAGCAGAAUGAAAGAUUAUUCCUUGAUGCCCACAUUGAAGCACUAUUCUUGUAUGGCUGAUCUUCUUGGUCGUUCUGGCAAUCUGGAUGAUGCUGAAGCUUUGGUUUUGUCCAUGCCGAUUGCUCCAGAUGCAGCUAUAUGGGGUUCUUUGUUAAGUUCUUGUAAAAUUUAUGGCCAAGUUGAGAAAGGUAUAAGAAUUGCAAAACAUGCUAUUGAAUCUGAUCCAGAAAAUGAUGGGUACUACAUAGCAAUCUCAGACCUAUAUAGUUCUGUAGGAAUGUGGAAAGAGGUCGAAAUGGUGAGGAAAAUAAUGAAGGACAGGAAAGUGAGGAAAGAAGUUGGCUGGAGUACAGUAUAAUUUAUGCAGCUACUAGUUGUAGCAUCAAAUACGGCAAACUGUCCAUCUCAAGUGCUACCAGAGGUUUACACUUGCAAGAGUUGAUUCAAUCAGCACCACAUUUUCAGCACUCCAUAAUUCCUAUUAUAAGAGAGCUAUUUCAGUGGGCUGAUCGAGAAGGAUACAUAUAUCAAUCAUGCCUCGUCAUUUGGAGCUGAUGAUAGGAUUCUGGUUUUGAUUUUAUAUGAUUACAUUGCAGUUUUCUCAUCCUUUAAUGAUAAGCGUUGCAGCAAUAUACCUGUGCACGAGAAAGGAGAAGCUUUUACAUUCACCGUGCUCUUUUGGUACAUCAGAAUAGCAGUAAGGCUGUAAGCCUGAGGAAUGUCUAUGGCUAAUACGCAUGAGGUGAAGCUGCAAUUCUAGCCCGGCUCAAGGUUCUGAACUUUGUGUACAUCGCCGAAAUUUCGAUGCUUGGGGACAGACAAUAGGUUCAUAAAAGUUAGGCAAUUGAGGUUACCAAGUAAAUACUCUCUAUGGAUUAUGAAAAUGUGAAUAUCUUGAGGUAGCCAAGAAAGGUCGAUAACAUGAGAAGUUAUCUACUAGAUUUCAUGUGCUCUCGACAUGUGCAUGGCCUAAAAAUAAGAGAUGGCUUCGUUGGUAUGUAAGAACCACCUUGAGUGCCAUACAAGGCGGAACUUGUAUACGAUAAGGUGGUGCGGGGGACAAAGAAACCUUUCACCCUUUCCAUCAGCCCAAGUCGAGGGGGGCACAAUGGAAUAAUCAAGACGUGAGCAAGCUUGAUGAAAUAGUCAAUAAAUACACAAGUUGAGACGCUGCGGAAAGAUCCGGGCUGCAGUAAAAUAGCCUCACUCGAUGAUUCUUCAGAAAAGUGACUUGGAAUAAAGUUGUUUACUUGCCUAUUGCUUUUGUCUUUUUUCUUGAUUGAUCAAUAAUGAUGACAUAUCUAUUAAA